GUCUAAGUGCAAAGUGCCUCCUUCUUUCCGCUUGUCACAUUCAGUUCGCGGUUGUCGCUUUUGUUUCUGUUUUGGUUUGUUCCGUUUUUCCAGGUGAAAUUAUAAAUUAACAGCACUCAAACUAUGUCUGUGUUUGGCGAGGUUCCCCAAGCGGCACCAGUAGCCGUGUUUAAACUAACGCAGGACUUCAAUAACGACCAGUUUCCACACAAAGUCAACCUCGGUGUUGGGGCCUACCGCACGGAUGAAGGCAAGCCGUGGGUUUUGCCGGUGGUUAAAAAAGUGGAACAGAUCAUCGCGAACGAUGACAAGCUCAACCACGAGUACCUGCCCAUCCUGGGUUUGCCCGAAUUCAGAUCCUCAGCAUCCAAAAUUGCACUGGGAGACAGCAGCACUGCUAUCAUGGAGAACAGGGUGGGGGCGGUUCAGUGUCUUGGCGGUACCGGUGCGCUGAAGAUUGGAGCAGAGUUUCUCAGACGUUUCUACAACGGAAGCAACAACACAAAGACACCAGUCUAUGUGUCCGCGCCGACUUGGGAGAAUCACAACGGCGUGUUCACCAACGCCGGCUUUGAGGAUGUCCGCCCCUACAAGUACUGGGAUGCGCAGAAGAGAGGCCUUGAUCUGUCUGGCUUCCUUGCCGACUUGGAGAGCUGCCCAGAGCGUUCCAUCUUUGUCUUGCACGCUUGUGCCCACAAUCCAACUGGCACAGAUCCCAUACAGGAGCAGUGGAAGCAGAUUGCUGAAGUCAUGAUGAGAAGGAAGCUGUUUGUGUUCUUUGACUCAGCUUAUCAAGGAUUCGCUUCGGGCAGCCUGGAUAAAGAUGCCUGGGCCGUUCGGUUUUUCGUAUCUAUGGGCUUUGAAAUGUUCUGCGCCCAGUCAUUCUCCAAGAACUUUGGCCUCUAUAAUGAACGUGUUGGCAACUUGACUGUGGUGGCUCGUGAUGCCGAUAACCUGAAGAGAGUUCUGUCCCAAAUGGAGAAAAUUGUGCGAACCACCUGGUCCAACCCACCUACUCAGGGGGCUCGCAUCGUGGCCGUCACAAUCAACUCGCCGGAGCUCUUUGCCGAAUGGAAAGACAACGUGAAGACAAUGGCUGACAGGGUGUUGUUGAUGAGAGCCCAGCUGAAAGCCAAGCUCCAGGCUCUGGGGACGCCAGGAAGCUGGGACCACAUCACAGAGCAAAUUGGCAUGUUCAGCUUCACCGGACUCAACCCCAGACAAGUGGAAUACAUGGUGAAGGAGAAACACGUCUACCUGAUGGCCAGCGGACGCAUCAACAUGUGUGGCUUGACCAGCAAGAACAUCAAUUACGUGGCUGAGUCCAUCCACGAGGCCGUUACUAAGGUCCAGUAGAAGACUCGGCUCAGUGUACUGUUCCUAAUCUAAAUGCAACGUGCAGCCGGUAAGAUCUGACCCACAAUGCAAUUCUAAAAACAACUGAGAAAA